CUAUACGCGCGACAAGAACCUUAAUGAUUCAAUUAUCUUACUUGGAGGUACUUCCAGUGAUUCAUUGACUUCCACGAAUUGCACGAAGUUAUCCACGUCAAAUACCUGUGGCAAUUUGUUGCCUCAUAUGGUACGCCGCGGAAAAACGUGAUGAGCGCUAGGAGGCGCUGAGCAUUCCGAAAACCCUCCAUGAUGAUGCGAAUCUUACCAUCAACUCAACUUGCUACAUUCGGACUUAGAGUCAAGUCCCCACUUGAAGAAUCACCGCAACUUAGUCGUGGUGACAGAUCAGUGAUAAGUCCCCUGAUCAUGAUCGUCUCAGCCUCGUUCUUGACAUGUUAUUUCUCUGGCAUCUGCAUGCCUGGAGUCUACUGGCCACACAGUCAGUUGCCAUGGCUCGACAGAUUGCCUACAUUGCAGAAUGCACUCAUCAUGUGAGGUUACCCUACCACGGCUUCAGAUCUGCUUCUCCGUGUCCGUCAAAUUCUGUGUUCUCUUCGAAUCCACCAUCACCACCUUCCCUAUUCUUCGUCAAAAAAACUUUUGCGGCUGUUAUACUCUUUGCCAACUUGUCCCAAAGACUCAGACCAAUUUUACGACACGCAAUUCUCCAGCUGCAGGUCCAAACUUAACGCAGCAUGAAUAUUUGCUAUUCAACGUAGGUGAGAAUAAUACGUCCACGACAACCAGCGAGUAAGACGCUCACAGUGACUGUCGUCAUGAUCUAAUUUCGGCCAUCAUUUCAAAUGCUCUGCCUCACCAACGCCACCGUUCGUUGGUUUCAGUGUCCGCGUUUGUAACAACGUUCUGUGAUCAUUGUAUAGAAGUCCACGCCGCAAAGUCCAUAUCAUGAUGUGGCAUGAUUAUAUCCAUGUCGAUGUUUUGUCGCUCUGGUGAGUAAGAUAUUUAUGGUGACGGCCUAUGUAUACGGCGUAUCUAGAAAGAGUUCGCCGCCCUCAACUGACUGACAGCGUGAAAAUGCCCCAGUUGAGGUGAGCCACACCUCGUUCCUUGUUCAGGUAAAAGAGUACUUGUCGUGGAUCUUAUGUAGCUCUGGGCUGUUCCAAAAUACAUUGGGAAAUAAAUAUAAC